AUGUCGUCGGAGCCUGAGAUUUCGUCGUCUUCGACCUCCGCGCCGGAGCAAUCUGGAGAGAACAUCAGCAAGAAAGCAGCAAAGAAGGAAGCCGCGAGACUGGAGAAGUUGCGCCGCAAACAGGAACACGAAGAAGCUGCGCGUAAGACAUCUUCUCUUUCUCUUGAGGAUGAAUCCUUUACUAGGAACUACGGCGACGUGACUCUUACCGAGUUACAGUCAACGGAGGAUCCUAGAGCCGGAAAGUGGAGAGAGGCUAUCGAGGGAAAGAAAUUGACCGAUUUGAGCUGUUUGGUGGAAGAGACGGUGGGAUCAGAGGUUCUGAUCAGAGGCCGAGUGAACACGAAUCGCCAGAAGUCUAGCAAAUUAGGUUUCCUGAUCUUGAGGCAAAGUAUAUUCACGGUGCAAUGCGUGGCUACACAAUCGGAGGAGACGAAAGUGAGCGUGAACUUUAUCAAAUACCUCAAGCAGCUUAGUAACGAAUCUGUUGUCGAUGUCAUCGGUGUCGUCGUCAAACCCAAGGAAGAGGUGAAAGGAACGACGCAGCAGGUUGAAAUCCAAGUGAGAAAAGCUUACUGCCUCAGCGGUGCCAUGCCACAGUUACCACUUCUUAUCGAGGAUGCUUCCCGAAGCGAAAUAGAGAUUGAGGCUGGGUUAUCUGGAGCCAAAGCCAAUCAGGAUACACGUUUGAAUAACAGAGUGAUCGACCUCAGGACACCGGCUAAUCAAGCCAUUUUCCGCAUUCAGGCCCAAGUCCAAAAGGCGUUUAGAGAAUUCUUAGAUGCCAAGGAUUUUGUUGAAAUCCACACACCGAAACUGAUGGCUGGUAGUAGUGAAGGAGGUUCUGCUGUAUUUAGGCUGGAGUACAAAGGGCAGCCUGCUUGUCUGGCUCAGUCUCCUCAGCUUCACAAGCAGAUGGCGAUUUGUGGUGACUUGCGACGCGUCUACGAGGUCGGUCCUGUUUUCAGAGCUGAAGACUCCUUCACUCAUAGACAUUUGUGUGAAUUCGUUGGUCUUGAUGUGGAGAUGGAGAUUCAAAGCCACUAUUCUGAGAUAAUGGAUAUUGUGGAUGAGUUGUUUGUGUCCAUAUUCACUAGAGUGAACGACAGAUGCGAAAAGGAACUGGCUGCUGUUGGAAAGCAGUUCCCAUUUGCACCUUUGAAGUUUCUUCCAAAAACAUUGAGGCUAACAUUUGCAGAAGGGAUUCAAAUGCUUAAGGAUGCUGGUGUGGAGGUUGAUCCUCUUGGAGAUCUGAAUACAGAAUCUGAGAGAAAACUUGGGCAGCUCGUUCUUGAAAAGUACGACACAGAGUUCUACAUGCUACAUCGCUAUCCUGCAGCAGUUAGGCCAUUCUACACUAUGCCAUGUGCAGACGAUUCUCGCUACAGCAACUCAUUCGAUGUCUUCAUCAGAGGGGAGGAGAUUAUAUCUGGAGCUCAACGUGUCCAUAUCCCAGAGUUCUUGGAGAAACGUGCAGGAGAAUGUGGCAUUGAUGUCAAUACAAUAAAAACAUACGUCGAUUCAUUCAGGUACGGUGCACCUCUUCACGGUGGAUUCGGAGUGGGGCUGGAGCGAGUGGUGAUGCUCUUCUGUGCCCUCAAUAACAUCCGCAAAACGUCCAUGUUCCCUCGUGACCCUCAAAGGCUCGCUCCCUAG